AUGCCAGGAGGCCCCGUGGCUACCAGCCCGGCACGGCGAGCCAGAGGACUGUUCCCAUCAGGUCUCCAUUUCUUGAAGCAGCAGAGCCGCUUGACUGGGGUGGGGAAGCAACGUCAGUCACUUCCGUGGUCACUUCCGUGGCUCCCUCGCACUCCCGACCCGCCGCGGCCUCGCCUCGCUGCUGCUCCCAGCCUGGGCCUCAGCUGCCUCGCCUGCCCCGCCUGUCCGGCCAACUGCCACCGCGCAUGCGCCCAACUGUACCUGGCCUCCUGCCCUCCUCCAACCGCCCCGCGCCCCACGCUCCUGGCAUCCCUCCCCAACCCGCGCUUCUGCUACAGGAGAAGAUCAUUUCCUCUACCGAUAAACAAUUGUAGAACAGGAGAAAAUAGAACAAUCAGGAAUCGUCCAUUACGUAAAUAUCAUUCAGCAAAGAAGGAAGAUUUGAUCCCCUUGUGCAUUGAAGAUGAACUGAAAAACCCAAAGGCCAAGAUAAUCGACAUUAGUACAACCAAGGGAGGAACAUCUCACAUGGAACAAAGUGAAACACAUCCCAUGAUUUUCCAUGACUCAAGACAUAUACGAGCAUUACUUUUGACAAGAAAUAGAUUUUCUUCCCAUUUUAAGGAAAGAGAACAUUUUUACCAAUACAGAAGAACAAAUUUUGUUUUAGAAAGAAAUUGUGCCAUCCUAAAGUCUUUAAUCAGAGAGCCAUCUGUUCCUGUCUGCAAACCCCAAAGUUCAUUGUCCACAGCAGAGAAAGGAGCUAUAAAAGCUAUAGCUACUGAAAUGAUCCACAGAGCUGUGCAUGAUAAACCAAAGAUGCAAAUUAGUAGUCAGACUACUACUAUAAAACCUUGGAGUAAAUUUCACAACUUAUCACAGACCUUUUCCAACCUAACAAAGAAAUUUGUGGGUUACUUUGAUAAGACAUUUAUUCAUGAAGGGAGUGCUGGAAGUGGAAAAAUAGAAGAAAUAGCUUCCACAAUGAGACCAAUAAGCUCACCCAAAAUCUAUACCUCAUCCAUCAAAUGUUACCCAAAGCAUGUGAAAAAUGUACUUGCAGUACAUCGAAUAGAUAAUCUAAGUCCUCUGGAUGACUUUUUAACAUCAUCAAGGAAAAUUUAA